AGUAUGAUGCUGGGCUUUGAGUGAAGCGCACGAAUUUUUUUUCGGACAAAAUUCAAUUCAUUUGCUGCUAUAUCGCGAGUUGAAGUGUGUUUCGGAUGUAGAGUAGAUACUUUCCAGGAGUUGUGUUUCAUUACGUCCGUAUUUAUUGUCGGUUUUAGUUUCUAAGACAUAUAUGUUAUUGGUCAUCAAUUUGGUUUAGUUUUCGAAUACUUUCGUGUAUAAGUGGUUGUCAAUACUGAAUUAUUCAUGCGUCAGUGUAAACUUUUCGUUGAUACAAGUGUUGGAAGAAAUUAUGCAGUGUUCAAUCAAUUAAAGAGAGCAACUUUAUUUUAUGUGCAGAAUUAUUACAACUUUAUCGAUUCGUUCAACGAAUUAGGAUUCCCACAUAUUCUUGGAACUUCCCACAAGUAAUUUAUCUAUGGUCAAAACGGCAAUUGCUGUGUUACAUUAUGUCUGUGAUCAUGCUGUUUUAUAUUUCGCCAUUGUCUCAAGAAAAUGAGAAUAAAUGGGCUAGUGCGACCGACACAUAGAUAAAAACACGUAUGCCCGCUAUUCCAUUACGUGCACAUAAAUUUAUGAAGACUCAACCGAUGAGAAAAGAAUUUGUCCCAUGCUGUAAAUAAAUAAAAAUUGCCACUACCAAAAGGUCGCCACAGAAUUAAUCAACGAAAAGUACAUAAACGGCGGACUGACGUGGAUAUUUUGUAGGAGUACAAUCUGCGUGCAAUUUACUUGGAAGUAAAAGCAACUAAGCAACUUCAAAGGCUGUUCAAUUUGGAAUUUGCCCCCACCAGCUGAAGCAAUCAAUUUAGUGGUUUUGGAUUACAACGAAAUGGAUGUGCCUUUGUGCCUACUGUGAAAUUCUAAUAAACAAAUACACAAACAUUGAUAGUAGGACAGUAUGAAUGCAGCGCCAUUUCAAGAAUGAUGUCAUUAUCAGAGAUAUGCGAACGGCCAAAAUCACCGAAAUUUCACGCAUUGGCAUUCGUUGUGUUUUACAUUACAAUUAUUGAGUGUCGGUUACAGGAUGUGCCUCCUCGUGGCUCUUUGUUCGACCUCACUGUAGACACGAUUGUUUUCGACAAAGAUGCACUUCAAGCAAAUAUUAGCUGGAAAUCGAGUGAUUUACGAGGACGAAAGCUUGAUGUGCGCCUAAAUCCAGUUACGGAUGAACAUUGGUGUACAAACAAAAAGCCAUGUGUAUUAUAUGGAUUAGCAACCAACAUAACCGACAUAUUGUUGCCACGCGAUCCAUUGUUUGAGCUCGAACAUCAUGAAUGUUCCAUUCAGCCGGGUUGCGUGUAUGAUGUUUUGGUCGAAACCACGGAUCGAAUGUUACGACAAACGACCAAAUACAUAGUUCCAGAUUGCGUUGCUGAUGUUUGUUCCUGCAAACAUACACAUUUGCUUCCGGACACAUUUCUCAAUGCAACAAUUGAUUCAAAAAUGUUGAAAAUUUUUUGGCGAGUGAAUGAGAGCUCGGAAAAUGUGUCGUUGAGUAGCAUUUUCAUCAGUGUUGGAAUGCAAAAUAAUCCGUCUCUCCGAUGGGGUGGCCAAACAGUACACCUUGAUGAGAUUCAAUUACCGUUACAAAACACGAGCGACUACACUGAAAGCGAAGAAGGAUAUCAUUUGGUCAAUAUGACCGAUGUAAUGGCAAAUGCAACUGAAUUUCGGCUUUUUGUGCGUGCCCAUGUUAUUGAUAAUAAAGGAUGCCCUGGACGAGAAAGCAAUUUCACGUAUAAAGUUCUAUCACACAAAACCACUGUAGUGUAUGCCAAUAAUAAUUUUGUGAAAAUAUUCCUAAUUUGCUUUUCCAUUGUGGUUGUGCUGUUGAUUAUCGGAUUUGCGUUCACAUAUCGGCACAUGCAACAUUUGUUGCUAACCAAAUCGUUUGUGAAAAAUUGGCGUGGGAUCUACCAAAAUGUGCCGAGUGUUGGAUUCAGGACAAUGAAAUUUGAAGAGAAUUUCUUGUACGGUGAAGAGUUUGAACACUGUGAAAUACCGCAUUCCUCGUUAAAAUUGAGUCAUAACAUUGGAAAAGGUGCAUUUGGUAGCGUUUACCUGGCUGUAGCAAAUAGCAUUGGAACAAAGGAGUGUUCCGGUUUGGUGGCAGUAAAGAAGCUUAAAAAAGACCACAAUGUCGAAGAGAUGGAUGAAUUUAUGUGCGAAAUUGCCAUAAUGAAAAGCAUAUCUCGGCAUCCCAAUGUGGUUGCGCUCAUUGGAUAUUGUACCGUGAAACAACCUUACUACAUGGUGAUGGAAUUUGUUGGAUGUGGCGAUCUACUUAAUUAUUUACGCAAGCUUCGUGAACAGCACGAAGUUCGAGCAGCAGCUGCACUUCGAAUGGCCAAUCAACAGAGACCAAAAACGAGUCAUGUUGCCGACAGUAGUACGAGCAGUACUUUGAAUUUGCUGUCACAGGCGAGCAAUGCAAAUAAAAGUGUCAAAAGCUAUUCUAAUCUAUCAAAAAGCGGUUACAGUGAUAAUACCUCGGCCACAAGUUUAAAUAAUCCAAUAACCGUAACGACACUCAAUAAACUGGAAAUGGAAGUAAAUUACUUGGAAAUAUGCCAUUCAUCGAGUAGCAAUUCGGACGCAUCGUAUGAUACAAAAGCGGAAAGUGUCGCAUCGACCAAACGAAUUUCGGAUGCCGACAAUUAUACAUCAUUCCCAAAUCCGCAAGCAACAUCACUUGAGUGUGUGUUGGACCACAAAGAAUUGCACAGUUUUGCUGUGCAAAUUGCUCGUGGCAUGAAACAUUUGGAAGACAGAGGGAUUAUACACCGUGACUUGGCUGCACGCAAUGUUCUCAUCGACGAAAACAAACAACUGAAAAUCUCUGAUUUUGGUAUGUCUCGCUGCACUAUCUAUGUGACACGACGCACAAAAAAGGUACCGAUAAGAUGGAUGGCAAUUGAGGCACUACGAGAGAAUAUAUACACAAGCAAAAGCGAUGUUUGGAGCUUUGGAGUGGUGCUGUGGGAAAUUGGCACUUUAGGUGCAAUCCCAUACGCACACGUGUGCAAUGAAUUACUGUUAAAACACUUGGCCGAUGGACAUCGUAUGCAACGACCUGAAGUAUGCAGUGAGCAAUUGUAUAAAUUAAUGCGGCAAUGUUGGUCGGAAUGUCCACAUGAUCGUCCGUUUUUCUCGGAAAUUGUUCGGAAAUUGGAAACCACGGAAGGAGAUGAGCAUAUUUAUGUCAAUUUUGAUGACAUCGCACCGAACUACGUGUUCCCACCAACUUCUGUGGCUAAAACGGUUAAAGAGCAUGUGGAAGAGCCCACAUCUUUAGCUUAAAAAAAAACAUGAGAAUUUUGUCAAUAUUAGACAAGCGAUUCUACGUAGAUAAGCAGAAUAUGCAUACUGUGAUAUUUAUCUGAAGCGAUGAAGCAAGCUGUGAACGAUCAAUUGCAGUUGUGGUAUGAUUUUGGAAGAAAGGAGAAUUUUAAGCAAAGGCGAUUAAAGCAAUGUGCAACCUAUUUUUGAACUUUGCGAUUUAGAGAAUAUUUCAUAUUUGAUUAGAAGCGUGUCGUUAGAGCAUUCUAUGAGAUCAGCAUAUAUUUGGGAUUGAAAAAUUCACCACAUUAAUUCGAAAGGCGGUUUAUAGAAAAAAUGAGAGAGCACUUUAAAUUCAAGCUCCACUCGUACAACGAGAUAGCACUUUAGAUUGAAUCUGGGCGUCUCCACCUGCACUUAAAUCCCCGAAAUACUCUUUCAAUUAAUGUUGUACCGAUGUUAGAUAUAAGUACACUACAUUUCAAAUAUGAAACAAACAAGUGUGGACAAUGGGCACAAUUAAAAUCGAAUCUACAAGAUAAGCAUAACCCGAUAAGAAAUUGUUUGUGCAAGAAGAUAAUGGCAUAUAAAUAUUAACAUAAUUGUUUGGAAAAUCAAAUAACGACUGUAAUGUCACUUUUCAAAUAUUGAAUGUUACUUGAUGCAAUUUUCUUCAUAAUUCAAUUUUAUAAUAAAUGGAUAGAAAUGCACUUGAUUCGUAUAAAUUAAGAAUGUGAUUUGAUUUAUUCAAAUCGAAUGGUUUCAAAUUAUUAAUGCAUUUUGAUUACGGGUUAUUUUUCUAUUGCAUUUGCAUUUUUGCCAUUUAAUUUUCACUGAAAGUAUUAAUGUAUUUUUCUACUCAUCUGUCCAUCAAAUGUUCAAAUUUUGAAACUGUGAAUUCGCAAAUGAUUUUGUGGAUCAUUAAAUUUCUGAAUGUCAAUAAAAAAAAUAAAUCAAUUCAAAGUCUAA